UGUGGAGAGAGGGGCGGAAGGUCAGCUUCCCUAGGCACCCUGGUGUCCACAGCGCCCGCCGUGCGCCCGGGCUGUGGCGGGUGCUGCAGCUUGGGGCCAGUCAGAGCUGCUUCUGGGCAGCAGGGGGACCACCUCCCCAGGAGCGCGCAGCCCAUCGCCUGGGCGGGAAACGGCCUCCGUCACGGGGCCUGGAGAGCCUGCUUGCUCCCUUCCCCUCAGCACCUGAGCGCGCCAUCCCCGUGAGAAACAAGCAGGGAGCACGUGCCGGACAUCUAGAUCCUCCGGAGACAGCAGUGAAAAACCGGACAUUUCUGCCCCGCACGUGGCGCUAGCCCGUUAGUCGUGGAAUAUAGGCAGGGGUGGUGACAGGUGUUCGUUGUAGCUACGUUUUACUGUGUGUUUGAACGUUUUUGUCGACAAUGAAAAAUUGGAAGGAACAAAAUCUUUGUCUUCAAAGAGGCCAUAAAUAACGUGUGCGCGCGCGCGCGUGCACGUGGAUUUUGGCGCCAAGUGCUGAAAGAGAACAUGAAACAGGAGCGAGGGUUGGCAAGCAGCACCUUGUGGCCCUGCAGAAGCAGCCAACAUGCCAAUCUCCAAGUGUCCAAAGAAGUCAGAGACCCUGUGGAAGGAGUGGGACCGGAAGGCCCAGAAGAACGGACUGAGGCACCAGGUGUUCGCGGUGAACGGAGACCACUAUGUGGGCGAGUGGAAGGACAACAUGAAACAUGGGAAAGGAACCCAGUUCUGGAAGAAGAAAGGAGCCAUCUACGAGGGGGACUGGAAGUACGGGAAGCGAGAUGGCUACGGCACCCUCAGCCUUCCUGACCAAGAGACAGGAAAGUACCAGAGAGUUUACUCGGGCUGGUGGAAGAACAACAAGAAAUCGGGCUAUGGAAUCCAGUUUUACGGACCCAAGGAGUAUUACGAGGGUGAGUGGUGUGGCGACCAGCGCAGUGGGUGGGGCCGCAUGUACUACAGCAACGGCGACAUCUACGAGGGCCAGUGGUGGGACGACAAGCACGAAGGAGAGGGAAUGCUGCGGUUAAAGAGCGGGAACCGCUACGAGGGCUACUGGCAGAGAGGCAUGAAGAACGGACAUGGGCGUUUCUUCUACCUGGACCACGGUCAGCUGUUUGAAGGCUUCUGGGUAGACGACGUGGCCAAAUGUGGCACCAUGAUCGACUUCGGCCGUGAUGAGGCCCCACAGCCCACCCAGUUCCCCAUUCCUGAGAUCAAAGUUCUAGACCCUGACGGUGUGCUGGAGGAAGCCUUGGCCAUGUUCAAGAAGACAGAGGAAGAGGAAGGAGAGUGAUGCCAGGAUUUAUUUAUCUGAAAGGCAAGAAUUAGAGAGGGAGAGACAGAGAGAUCUUGCAUCCCAUAGUUCACUCUCCAAAUAGUCUCAACAGCCAGGGCUGGGCCAGGCCAAAGCCAGAGCCUGGAAAUCCAUCCAGGUCGCUGGCAUGGGUGGCAGAGACCCAAGGACUUGGGCCAUCUUCUACUGCUUUCCCCGGCCCAUUAGCAGGGAGCUGGAUCAGAAGUGGAGCAGUGGGGACUCAAAUCGGAGUUCACAUGGGCUGCGGGGACAGGAAGCAGCAAUGUGACCCUCUGUGCCAUGGUGCCGGCCCCUGCUCAUGACCGUUCUGCAAGACACUGGGCCCAGAUUAGAUUGUGUGACAGCAUCUGCCGUGAGUCAGACUUUCCAGGUUACUUAUCUUACCUGGGCAUCAGCCUUGCCAUCUGCGAAAUGGAGAUAACAAGGAUGCUGAGGAUUCACAGAGCCAACAGGUAGUGCUUAGAACAGCAUCCACACAUCAAGGCGGGUCCCCGAUGCAACCUCGCUUACCUAAUAGGCCUUCCCAAAUGCACAGCUGAUUCUAAGAAUGAGAAAGUGCCAGAGGAAACAAACUACGCGGGCAUCUUCCAGAGCCACAGGCCCGGACUCUCCAAAGAUGUUAAAGCUACAAAAAAGAAAGAAUGAAGAACUGAUCCAAAUGAAAGGAAACCAAGACGUGAGAGCUCAAGGCAGUGCUUGAUCCCGGACUGGCAAAGAAAUUGCUAGAAGGGACACUACUGGGACAAGUGGGAAAAUGAAAUGACUAUUAUAUUAGGUAACAGUAUUAUCAAGGUCAACUUCCUGAAUUUGAUGAUUGAUUUGUGGUUAUGUAGCUGAAUGCUCUUUUGGAGGAGUGGUGAGGCAUAAAAAAAAAAAAAAGUGUAAUUAAAGAACAUGGCGGGGAUGGCACUGGGGUGUAGCAGGUAAAGCAGCCAUCUGCAGUGCCAGCAUCCCAUAUGGGCGCUGGUUCAAGUCCUGGCUGCUCCACUUCCAAUCCAACUCUCUGCUGUGGCCUGGGAAAGCAGAAGAUACCCCAAGUCCUUGGGCCCCUGCACCCACAUGGGAGACCCGGAAGUAGCUCCUGGCUUUGGAUUGACCCAGCUGCUGCUACUGUGCCUUGGAAAGCAGCAGGUGGCCCAAGUACCUGGGCCACAACACUCAUGUGGGAGGCCCAGAAGAAGCUGGGCUUCUGGGUUUGGAUUGGCCCAGCUCUGCCCAAUGUGGCUUUUUGGGGAGUGACUAUCUCUUGCUCUCUCUCUGUAACUCUGCCUUUCCAAUAAAUAAAUAAGUCUUAAAAAAAUAAAAACAAAAAAUACACUGCUCUUAGGCUGGUGUUGUAGUGCAGUGGUUUAAGUCACUACCUGUGAUGUCAGCAUCCCAUGUGAGGCUCAUUCCAGUGUCGAAUGCACCACUUUUUUUUUUUUUAAUUUAUUUGACAGAGUUAUAUAUAUACAUAUAUAUAGAGAGAGACAGAGAAAGAGAGAGAGAGAGAGAAAGGUCUUCCUUCUGUUGGUUCACCCCCCAAAUGGCCGCUACGGCUGGUGCUGCGCUGAUCCGAAGCCAGGAGCCAGGUGCUUCUUCCUGGUCUCCCAUGCAGGUGCAGGGGCCCAAGCACUUGGGCCACCCUCCACUGAACUCCCGGGCCACAGCAAAGAGUUGGACUGGAAGAGGAGCAGCCAGGACUAGAACCCAGUGCCCAUAUGGGAUGCUGGCGCUGCAAGGCGGAUGAUUAACCAAGUGAGCCUUGGCACCGGCCAGAUGCUCCACUUCUGAUGCAGCUCUCUGCUAUAGUGUCUGGGAAAGCAGCAGAAGAUGGCCCAAGACUUUGGGCCUCUGCCACCCACACACGCGGGAGACCCGGAUGGAGUUCCUGGCUUCAGCCUGGCCCAGGCCGGGAUGCUGCAGCCAUUUGGUGAGUGAACCAGUGGAUGAAGAUCCCUCUGACACUGUCUUCCAAAUAAGUCUUUAAAAAGACAAAAACA